CCAGAAAGCAUUCUUCAACGUGCCGCCGGUUUAACGCGUAUGGUAGCCGAGUGCAAUCGAAACUCAAACUCCACAAUGACGGCUCGCUUCGUGCUGCCGCCGAUACAAGACAACCCGACAGGAUGGGGUCCGUGUGCCAUACCGCAGCAAUACCAAGAUAUGCCGUACCAGCCGUUCGCCAAGAGCGACCGCCUCGGCAAGGUGGCUGACUGGACGGGAACCACGUAUCAAGACAGGAGAGCUGCCAACAAAUACUCAUCGCAGUUUGGCUCUGGCACUCAGUAUGCAUAUUACCAUGACGAAGACGAGAGCACCUUCCAGCUGGUGGACACCACGCGCAUGCACAAGCCGAUGCACCAGCGCGGACGCUUCCGCAUGAACCAGCAACGCAACUUGCGUAGCCGUGAGCGGCAGAAGCUGGUGCAACAGCAGCAACUCCAGGUGCUCUCCAAGUCGGCCAAAGGCCGCGAACGGGAGCGCAUGCAGCAGGUGCGCAAGUGGCAGAAGCAGAUGCGGCAGAAGUUUGAUAACAAGGGUGGCCAGGUGCCAGUCAAACAUCGUGAGGCAUCUGUGGCCGUGCGCCCCAGCUGGAAGGUGCUGGAGGAGAUGGACUUCCCACGCCUCUUCAAGCUCUCUCUGCCGGCCGUCGGGGAGGGCCACGACGUAUACCGGUGCGGAGCAGUCGAGUUCUACGACAAGGCCUACAACCUGGUCACGUGCAAGAACGAGCGACCCCUGCAGCGCAUCAACCGCAUCUUCCACAAGGUCACCACCACUGACGACCCCAUCAUCCGGCAGCUGGCCAAGACAGAGGGACAGUCUUACAAGGUGUUUGCCACUGACGCCAUCAUCGCCUGCCUUAUGUGUGCUGGUCGGUCGGUCUACUCCUGGGACAUUGUUGUUCAGUGGGCCAAAAUUCAGAUGUUCCGAACACUUUUCUGUGUCGCUACGGGUGAUACAAACUUGGGUACCGAAACCGUCGAGUGA